AUGGAUAAACAUUCGCUGCUAUCGAAAUUGAUGAGAGAUGUACCAAAACAACAUCGAUCCAGCACAUUAUCUAUAAGCACAUUAAGCGAAAACUCAACCUGUAGUUUACUUGAUGAAAAUGGAAAUUUUGUUUUUUAUCAGUUAUUAGCCGAAACAUUGAUGCGUACGCCUCCGUCACCGGGUGCUAAACGUGAAAUAAUCGAGCACUGCCGCAUGUACUAUAAGAACAAUUUGCAAGAACUGGCAAAAAUUGACGAAUUUGAGUUAAACUACUGUCCAACAAAAUCAAUUUGGUGGUAUACUAGAGACUGCUUUCUGUAUAGAUUAAUGAAUAAAGCAUUACGAACAAAAAAUAUUGAUCGAAUAUUUCGUUUUCGUACUGUUAUUUCUGAUCUUCAUAAUCAACUAUGUCGAUUGCACAUAUUACAAUUGAGAUCAUCGAAAACCCUAACUGUCUAUCGUGGACAACAAUUAUCCGAAGACGAAUUUAACGGAAUAAAAAAUCAUGUUGGUGGGCUUAUUUCAUUUAAUACAUUCUUUUCUACAACACCUGAGAGUGAUACGGCUCUUUUCUUUGCGGGUGAUAGCGAUGAGAAAGGUAUGGUGUCAGUAUUAUUUGAAAUCGAUAUUGAAAAUAAAUGUGGUUAUCCCUAUAUCAGAAUAGGAAAAUUAGGCUAUUUUAAAGGUGAAAAUGAGAUUUUAUUUUCAAUAGGAACGGUUUUUCGUAUUGAGGAGUACGAAGAACUAUGGAGCGGUAAAUGGUACGUUAAACUUAGUUUGCAUCGUGAAACGCAUGACCAUUUAACAGUUCGAGCAGUUCGUAGAAUAAUUGGUGAAAAAUCAACGGACGACAAUCUUGCAGACUUCUUAAACGAACGUUAUCAAAUGAAAGACAGACAGUCAAUUCAGACUUUGUUGGAUGAAUUUUCAACUCAUUAUUAUGAUAUCAUAAGUUUCUAUGCUACAGUUGGCAUGUUUUAUCGUCGACAGAAACUAUAUAAAGAAGAACUACAAUAUUAUGAGAAAAUAGCGGAAAUACUGGAAAAAUCUUUACCAAACAAACAUCCUAUUUUAGCUAUUACCUAUGCCAGUAUCGCUGAAUAUAACCGUAGAGAGAUGAAUGACACAGAGGCGGACAGGUAUUAUUUGAAAGCACUUCGAUCGUUACCACCAGAGCAUUCAUUAGUGACAGCUAUCUAUACAAAAUACACCGGAUUAGAUGAAAAUUCGCCGGCUUUAGGCAAUUUUGUGAUAAACAGGAAUGUAGAACAGAUGAUACAUUUAAUACAGUCUCACGAUGACAAUCUAAACGACGAGAUUGAUAAUGAAAAAGAUUUAGAGUUGAUUUUAAAUAAAUGUAUAUUAGAUUGUUACAGACAUAAACGGUCGAUUCAAUUAUAUGAAGAAAAACGGGAUUAUACGAACGCUUUAUUCAGUUGUUUAAUGUCAGUCAGACAUUAUCUCAAUGUUUUAUUGAUUACGGAUUCUAUUUUGCCUAAAAGAACAUUGAAAAAACAUCGAGAAAUUAAAUGCGUUUUUAUGCCGAAAAAGUUAAACAAAUAUAGAAAAGCUUUAAUUUAUAGUCAAGAAAUGAUCGAUCUGUAUUUGAAAGAAAAGUCACCUAUAAUGUUAGAUGAUCUUGAAAGUAGUCUUACUCAUUUUCAACAAUUAUUAAGCAAACGCUUUGGAGAAUCAAGAGCAGAUGGAAAAAUGAUGUCCAGUAACUCAUAUACGAUCAAUUAUUUUUUUAGAUUUAUACUCAUGGUUACUCCAAUAUCGAAAUUACAUGACUUAUCAAAGAAGAUACAAGUAUGA